CAGCUCGGCCCGGGACGGAGACCUUCCCCGCGGGGCGGUUGCAUCCCUGCCGGUGCCCGGGGCCGAGCCGGCGGUAGGAGGACCCGGGGCCUGCCCAUUUGCGGCGUUUUACUCAUUUAGGCCCUUUAUACCAACUGGCAAAGAAACACACGUGCAGCUGCCACAGAGCUCGUAGCUUCAGAGCUGAUAGCACCGCAUCUGUUACCAUGUUCGGUGUUUGCUGUUUCCUCUGGAGGCUCCAUGCCUUUUGCAAUUCUCUCACCCUCCCCAUUCCGUGCUGUAGAGCACAUGGCCAGACUUUGCCUGGCAUUCAGGCAUCUCUGUCUCAUGCCCCAUCAUGUGAAGGUCACAAAUACGUCACCCAGUUACGGAGGCACCCCGCUUCUAACCAUGAACCAGAGAAAAGCUGCCAGACUGGGAAAAUUUCAACAGCAGAAACUGCAGUGCAGUCUCAUACUAGCCGAGAUGCCAGUGUGCAGACAGAUCAAAGUAAAGAUGGUGUCCAAGACUUCCAGAAAGAAGUCCAAGUAGAUUCCACUAGCCUUCUGUCAUUCCUUCAGAGAGUGGAGGAUGCUGUUAUCAAAGAGCUAAAUAAAAACUGGAAGAGCCAUGCCUUUGAUGGCUAUGAAGUGAACUGGACAGAUCAGAACGAAACAGUGUUGUGUUUGCAUACGUUGUCAUACCCAGAGGCUCAGAAUCAAAACCUCCAGGUUACCAGCGUCUCCUGGAAUGCAACCGGAUCCGUUGUUGCAUGUUCGUAUGGCCGGCACCCGGACUUCAAAUCAUGCUGCUUAUCUCAGGCCAGGCAAGACUCAGGAAAUCUUUUCAGCCCCUAUCAGUCCUCCAGGUUGGACGGUGGAGACUGGAGCACGGAAAAAUCCUAUGUCUGUACCUGGAAUCUGGACAGAAGAGGGUUGAAUCCACAGCGCCCUGACCUAGUGGUGGACGUUCCCAGUUCUGUCAUGUGCCUGGCUUUCCACCCCUCCCAGCCUUCACUGAUAGCUGGUGGCCUGUUCAGUGGGGAGCUGGUGGUGUGGGAUACCAGCAGAACAGAAGACCCUGUGAUCUGGAGGACGGGGAUGACAGAUGACACUCACACUGAUCCAGUCUAUCAGGUUAACUGGUUACCUGAUGCCAAGCACAGAAACCAUGACCGGCUGCUGAGCGUGUCAACGGACGGAAAGAUCCUGGUGUGGCGGGAGGAGCGAGAUGGUUGGCUGGCCUUGGCUGAAGGAUUUGCCGUGGUGGCUCAGCAGAUCCCUCGCAGCACUCAGCUGAAGAAGUUCGCCUGGGGAGAGGCAGCCGUGGGUGUGACCUCGCUCUCUUUCUCACACUUUGAUCCCCGCGUGUUCGUCGUCGGUGUGGAAGGUGGCUACUCCCUGAAGUGCUCCACUGCAGCAGAGACGCUGGCUCUCCGUCGGACAGGCAGUUCCGUUCCCCUCAAGGCACCAGCAGAGCUCACCUUCUCCCCGCACGCAGGGCCCGUGUACUCCGUGAGCUGCUCGCCCUUCCACAGGAACCUCUUUCUGAGCUGUGGGACCGAUGGACAAGUUCACUUGCACUCCCUGUUGCAGACACAACCCCUCCUUACUCUUCAGUUAUCAAAGCAAUACCUCUUCUGUGUACGCUGGUCUCCAGUUCGACCACUGGUCUUUGCAGCUGCAUCUGGGGAAGGAGAUGUGCACCUGUUUGACUUUGAGAAGAGCUUGCAGAAGCCAGCCCUUUCCAUGAAGCAGGCCGUGGGCGACUGCCCUGUCUACUGUUUAGAAUUUAACAUCAAGCAAACUCGGCUCUUGGCAGCAGGGGAUGCUACCGGUACGGUCAAGGUCUGGCAGCUGAGUUCUGACUUCACUGAGCAGGGACCCAGGGAAAUGAAUCAUCUGGAGCAGCUGGCAAGUGAGAUCAUGGACUAAGGCAGCAGCACAACCAGCUGCGUGAAGCUGGUUACUACUCAGACUGCAGGAAAAGUUGCCCACUCACCUCUUCCACAGAGCUGGCCUGUAAAACACACGCAGCCGCCACAGCUGGAGUUUCAUCCAC